GAGCCGGUGUUCCUGGCAUCGCCGGUGUUCCUGGUGUUCCUGGAGUUCCUGGAAUUCCCGGUGUCCCUGGUGUCCCAGGCGUUCCUGGUGUGCCUGGGGUUCCCGGUGCUGUGCCUGGUGUCGGAGUGGGUGGCCCGGCAGCAGCAGCCGCAGCAAAGGCUGCAGCGAAAGCAGCGGCGAUCGGACGUGUUCCCGGCGUUGGCGUGCCCGGUGUAGGUGUGCCCGGAGUAGGUGUGCCCGGCGUUGGCGUUCCCGGAGUAGGUGUGCCCGGCGUAGGUGUGCCUGGAGUUGGUGUGCCUGGUGUGGGUGUGCCCGGUUUGGUGCCCGGGGUCGGUGUUCCAGGAGGCCCAGCAGCCGCCAAAGCAGCCGCCAAAGCAGCUAAGUACGGAGCAGGUGGCCUUGUUCCCGGCGUGGGUGGCCUUGUUCCCGGCGUGGGUGGCCUUGUUCCUGGAGUAGGUGGCCUGGUUCCUGGUGUUGGAGGUGUCCCAGGGGUCGGAGGCCCAGCAGCAGCAGCCAAAGCAGCAGCCAAGGCAGCUAAAUUCGGUGCAGGGGUGCCAGGUGCGGUGCCCGGCGUGGGCGGAGUGCCUGGAGUGGCACCUGGUGUUGGUGGCGUGCCCGGCUUGGUGCCGGGGGUGGGAGUACCUGGAACUGGCAUCCUCCCCGGGGCAGGCAUCCCCCAAGUAGGGGUGCAGCCUGGUGCUAAACCUCCCAAAUUCGGUGUCCCCGGGGUUGGAGUCCCAGGGGUUGGUGGCCUCCCAGGUGGCCUCGGAGUCGGUGGCCUCGGCAUUGGUGGGCUCGGAGCUGCUGGGAAACCUCCCAAGCCAGGGGUUGGAGUUCCCGGCUUCGGCGUGUCACCGAUAUUUCCAGGUGGGGUCGGCGGCCAGCUGGGAUUUGGCGGGAAGCCCCCCAAGCCCUACGGAGGAGCCCUGGGUGCCCUGGGCUUUAGAGGCGGCGCGGGCUGCGCAGCAGGGAAGUACUGCGGGAGGAAGCGGAAGUAACGCUCCGUCACCGAUGACCUCAUGAACUUUGGUGCUACUGCAUGGUCCAGAAUGUAAAUCCGAAGCAAAGCUGAGACACCCCCUCCCCGGACCCCUCCAUCCGUCCCGGGGCCGUGCCCGGCCCCGCGUUCCCCGGAGGGACCCCGCGUUYCCCGGCACCGUCCGUCCCCCCCCGCCCCUCGGUCCCGGCAGGGAGCGCGGAAUAAACUGCGGGGAGCAGCCGUCCCCCUUGGUGCUAUCGCUCUCUGCGGGAUUUGGGGGGGGGCCUGGGCUGUCGCGCCCCUCCCCAGCCCCAGAGCUGACCCCCGGGGUGGGGGAGCAGGAUGAGGGGCACCCCACAUUGGAGGAAGGGA